AUGAGUACUCGUAUCCUCACUAAAAAAAUUAAUCUCGAGAACAACCUUCACGAACAUGUUUUAAUAAAAGAUAGAAUCUCUCAACUUUUUCCUGAUACAAAAGUUUAUGCUAUCUCAAUUGAUUAUGAUGAAACUCCUUCAAGCAAACAAUCUCUGCUUAAAUAUACGAUGACCUCUCAUGGAUUGGCAGCGGCCAUUCUUCAUGCUUACAACAAUCAUCAACAUUUACGUUUAUCGCCUGAUGAUAUCUGGUUAACUAUCGCACAAGGAGUUAGUCAUCAUAUUAAUUAUAAUGCAGAAAAAUUCCGUUAUUAUUUUGUCAAUCAUGAAGGCAAGAAAGAGAUAUGUGUUUAUGCCGGUGAUAUUUUAAAUUCUUGCUUUGAGGGAGAUUGGCCUGAAGUGGUAAAUAGACUGGUCGUGAAAACCGAUCAAGCUAUAGAAAAAAUUGAUUUAAAAUCUCUUUUAGAAUGUGAUUUUUCUACUACAACAAAAAAUUCACUUACAGCUAGUCGUAUCGUUCUUUUGGAUAUGGUUAAAGCAUAUUUCUCAUAUAAAAUAUGUACCUUGUGCGGAAUUCCUAAAGUCACUCUUGAGGGUACUUUAGAAGAUUGGGAAAAGGUACAAGAAAAAGUCAUUCAAUUACGACAGCUAAAUUUAGAUCUCGAUUUUUGGUUGGAUAGAUUGGAGCCUGUUAUUUGCAAGUUAAUCGAAACUUAUAAAGGUAAAAUUGAUGAAGAGUUCUGGGCAAGGAUAGCCUCGAAUGAAUCAUUUGGUUCAGGCCCUAGAGAUAUUAGUGGAUGGAUGAUGGCCUUUUAUCCUUAUGAAAAGGAUGGAACAAAGGUAACUUUCAAUUCAAUUGAAGCCAAAGGUAUUCCUGAUGGAAGGGUUGGAGUCCCAUUUACAACUGAUAAUGAAUUACAUUUAAAAUUUGUUGCUGGAUUUUUGGGUGCGCAACAAGAAUUCCUCGAGAAUUCUAAUGAAGUGAUUGUCUCACCAAUGAUUGGUUGGUCUGUUAUUGAUGAUAAAACUGCGAAGGACAACAUUUAA